CGAGAUCUAGAAAUCAACGUGGUGAAUUAAGUUGUGCGAGAAACCAACAUAAAUGACGAAUCAAAGACGCCARACACCCCUUCCACACCAACGAUAUGUAGGAUCUAGAAAUCUUCUCUCGAUGUUUAGCGUUGAAUCACUAACGUUUUCCCCACCUAUAUCGUCGAUAGUUGAAGUUCUGGCUCACGAAAUGUAGCAAUGAGGCCUGCAAGUGAGGAUGAACCAUGCACGAAGAAACCGGCUAUAGAUUUGGUUUCAGCUGUCACCGAGUUACAUGCAUUAAGUUCUCCGGAUCUUAGCAAGCUAAUCCGGGAUGCUGAAAAUGGUACCAUUCGAUGGACUAAAGUCGAUGGUUCAUCUUUUGAGAUAAAUUUGGAAAGUCUAGCAAGAUAUCUUGCUUUGCACUUGAUUGCCAAACUUUUAUCAGGUAAAGUAGACCAGCAACAUUUCAGAUACUUAUUAGGCGGGGUACGAUUAUUGCAUGCUUUGUGUGAUCUUGCAUAUCGCUAUCCAAAACUUGAGCAGGUCUUGCUUGAUGAUGUAAAUAUAUCAGAACAGAUGCUUGAUUUGAUAUUUUACAUGAUUAUUUUUCUUAGUGGCUUUAGACAGAAAAUUCAUGCUUCAAGUCAUAUGGUCCUUUUGCAUUCAACAUUAUUGGCUAGCAGCUUGUAUCUGUUAAGAAUWUGUAUUUCUUCAAAGUGGCAUGAGCUUAGUCAUGUUCUGCUUGCACACCCUAAGGUUGAUGUAUUUACCAGAGUAGCUUUUCCUGCUCUGCGUGCGGUUAUACAUUKUCUUCAAGUGAAGCUGUCAGCUCAACAUACUGACACUCAUGUGAUGCCCAAUGUUGAUGAAGUCCACCGUCUCUGUCAGCACUGUGAGGCUUCUCUACAGUUUUUUCAUUCACUUUGCCAGGAAAAGUUGUUUCAGGAACGCCUGGUCCAGAAUAAGGACCUAUGUGAAGAAGGCGGUGCUCUUCUUCUGGUUCAGGAUAUCAUGGAACUGCCUCCAUGUGACGACUCCCAUCUUAUGGCUGGGGUUUCUAGGCUUAAAUCAAAAGUUUUAUCUAUUAUGCUGCAUCUUUGUGAAACUGAAGUGGAAAGGGGCUCUUUCUUGGAUUUGGCUGCCAGCACCACUCUAGGCUUGGAUUUAGCCAAGUCUAUUGUAUUCCAGGUCCUUCAGGUGCUAAAGAUCGUGUUUUGUGGAGAUCCCAGAAGUCCCUCUGAUUGCUCUUUCAAAGGCCAUCCAAGGGGACUUUUGCAACUCAAUGCAAUGCGACUAAUAGAGAUAUUCUCGGAUGAUUCUAAUUUCCGAUGUUACAUAUUGUUGAACUUUACAGAGUUUUUGACCACAAUAUUUUCGCUACCACAUGGAGAAUUCUUCUCUAGUUGGUGUUCUUCUGCUCUUGAACCUUCUGAAGAGGAUGUUACAAUGGAAUAUGAUUCCUUGUCAGCAGCUAGACAGACUUUGGGGGUAGUCUCAACAUUUCAUGUACGAUCUGCUGUCAGUACCYGUCAUGCUCCUCAGACGCCCUAUGCACGUCAAAAAACAACUUUAUUAAUAAAAAUUGUAGCUAACCUCACCUGUUUCAUUCCCGAUAUCUGUAAAGAGGAGGAGGGUCUUUUCGUCAAUAAGUUUAUCCAGUGCUUGCAAAAGGAACUUCCACAGAUGGGUGGUGCUGAGAGAUCAGCUGCCGCCUGCCGAAACCUGCAUUCUUUAUUGCUUCACGCGGAAUCUUUGCGUGAAUACCUUAAUGAAGAUGAUCUGCAGCUUCUUAGAAAGAUGACUGCAACAGAGAUUCGGAGUAGUGGUCAAUGCUCAUCAUCUGCACCUCAAAGAUUACCUCCAGAAGGACGUGACAGAAGUGGCAACCAAGAUGCGGGUAUGGCRAGAGAAGACCAGAGGACRGAUUUAGCUGAAAGUAGUGCUGCURAUAAGGGUGUUGAGGGAAGUGACAGAGAUGCUCGGAACAUUAGAACAAAUGGAUCAGAUUCAUCCACUAUGCGGGUGAAGAAUUCUGUUGAUAGAAUGAACAAUAUAGAAGGUGUUCCUGAGGACCAUAUGGUUCAAAACGUGCAAAAGAAAAGGAAGCGCAACUUAAUGAACGAUGUGCAAAUAGCCCUGAUUGAAACCGCAUUACGGGAUGAACCUGACAUGCAGCGUAAAGCUGCAUCUAUGCAWUCUUGGGCUGAUAAAUUGAGUCUUCAUGGUUCAGAAGUUACUUCUUCCCAGCUAAAGAAUUGGUUGAACAAUCGUAAAGCCAAACUAGCACGUGGUGCAGCUGCUAAGGAUCUUCAUAUACCUUCUGGGCAGGACGAUUCUUUCACCCAAAACCAAGGUGGCUCGGUCUCUGACUCACCCAAGAGUCCUGUUGACCCAUCUUCAUCUGCUCCCCAASCCCAAGGGACCCACCAGAAAGACGUCGGUGAAACUGUCUGUGGUAACGAAAGCCCAAAAAUCGUCCCUACAAAUUCGUUUAGGCGUGCGCAUGGACAAUACGUUAUGCUUACAAAUGACCAAGGAGAAGAGAUGGGGAAGGGAAACAUACAUCUAGCAAACGGUAUAUGGUUCGGAAGAAAUUUGGAGGAAUGGGGUUUGUGCGUUGUGGAUGUUAAUGAUCUUAAAGUUGAUAUCUUGACCAAUCUUCCACACCCUUGUGAUGCCACUGGUACCACCUUUGGUCAAGCUGAACAGAUCCUUGGCAGAAAGAGGGUUUUGUGGGAUUCCACCAAACUCUAUCUUCUUAAUAAGRCACCUUCAAAAGGGGAUUGAUUUCUUGAUAUGACGAGACCCGAAAAAACAUGAAACUUUCUGAACGUAUUAAGCCGUUGAAGAAGUUUAGUAACAAAGAGGCUUUGGCGUCGGACUGUCGGAAAUCAACGAUGGAGGAAUUGGUGUUGAGAAAGAAACUGGUGAAAUGUGGUUCGAGUUCAGGGMUGUGUUCUGAUGGCACCGGGAAAGAAAGUGGUCGAAAACGGAGGUGAUGAUAUUAGUGGUUCGGAGGAAGUCAAAGGCGGGAUUGGGAAUCUAAAAGAGAUGGGUCAGGACAUAGGAAUUCAACAACUUUUGCAAGGUAUAAUUUCUUCUUU